UGAAUAUUUGAAUUUACCGAAGAAAAUUAUUCUAGAAAAAAAGAUAAUAAAACAGUGCAGUGUUUGAAGACAGUGCAGUCAGACGUGCGGCCAAGACAUACGUUUAAUGUCUACAAAACACGUAGGCUUUUUCAUAUCAGAGUAGGCGAUCAGGCUGCAGGCGAUAUAAGACACGUAGACUAGACUGAAUAAAGGUCGUCAUGUAUCGUUCUUCAAUUGGUUACUAAAUUCACAUUUUCUGGGGAAAUGCACGAAAACUUUCCUGGCAUCUAUCAGUCCUCUGGGGAAAAGGCAAAUGUGCUAUGUCGUUUAAUCUAAAUAAUUACGGUUUGUGUUAUAAUUCGUUGCAUGACAAAUUUGCGCAAGAAGCAUUUCCAUUAAAUUUGACAGUUUCCCGCAUGCAUUACAGCCCAAUGAUUUCACUAGUCCUACUGAGGUGACUGUGUUUAAUCCAUUUUUCAUGCGCACUGCCUUUUGAGUGUGGCUAUGUGCGUUUUAUGAAGCGCUCGGAGGUUCUUGACAACCAGCUUACGUCACGUGGUUCAUUUUAUACCUCAGUCUGGUGUAUUUUAACUUUUAAGGUGCCAUCAACUCUCAGUGCCGAACUGGCUGGGAAACGCGCAACACACAGCAUGUCCAAUAUCCCGAUCACACGGAUCUUAUCAAGGGCUUUGCUCGCCGAGGAAGUUCGCCAGGUCUGAUGUUUCCUCUCAAACCCACACCGGGGAGAGAAUGCGGUUGCUCAUUUAUACAACUUUCUUGGGAUUUUUCCUCAAAACAGGUGUUGCGCUGCAGAUCCAGUGUUACCAGUGCGAGGAGGUCAAGCACAACGACUGCUCCACCCCCGAAUUCAUCGUCAACUGCACGGUCAACGUGCAGGACAUGUGCCAGAAGGAGGUGCUGGUGAAGGAGGAUGGUGUGCACUACCGCAAGUCCUGCGCCUCGUCGGGAGCCUGCCUGAUCGCCUCGUCCGGCUACCAGCAGUUCUGCACGGGCAAGCUGCACUCCGUCUGCAUCAGCUGCUGCAACACGCCCCUCUGCAACGGGCCCCGGCAGAAGAAGCGGCCCGUCCCGUCGUCCGCGGGGUCCCCCGCGCGCCCCCCCGCCGCCGCCCCGGGCCCGCUCCUCGUUUCGCUCGCGCUCGCCCUCGCGCUCGCGCUCGCGCUACGCACGUAGAGGUCGCGGCGACCUUGGACUGGCUUUUCGGUUAGGCUGACGCCCGCAUGCAGGAAAGGGAGCAUCGUUACGACAGUACGCCCUCGCGUUCCUUUGCUCCUUUGACCAAUCCGCUUUGUGGACUUGACCCCCUGCUGGGGUCCUAACUCCUGCCCUUAUUUUCCGCUUUGUGUUCCUGUGUGUGUAAAAAAAAGAAAGAAAAAAAAAGAAAGGAAAAAUAGAAGAAAGAAAGAAAAAAAGCCUUAAUGCUCCUGAUGUUAUGAUUGGGUUAUGUGUCACAGAUACAGCUCUUUUAUCUCCAAGGGGAAAGUGUUUAAGUAUCGUGGAAAUAUGACCUUGUGAUAACUUUACAGUUACAAAGUUGUGAUAGUAUACUGACAGGAGCUGAUUGGCAUUUCAAGUCCACACACUACUCGCAUACGUGGAUGCUGCUGUAUCUCCCAUUCAACACUUUUUCUGGGAGAUAUUUAAUGUUGCCCCUUUGCAGACAUUGAUUGACAUUUGCACUAGCAGGGAGGAAUAACUAGAGAUAGCAGACUUAAAUAUAGAAAAUCUAUAAAACGAUGAAAUCGGCAGAGUCCUUACGGUCCAUUCAUUUCAAUUGUUAUUGUGGGAAAUUUUAUUGAACAAAUGUCAAGUUCUAUUUAACGAAAGUAAAAACUCAGUAAAUAUAAUACCGAGUACAGAAAUGUAUUUUAGAUAAAAAUUGAAUGUCUCAGCUCCCAUUGAGUGAGAAAUUUAUUGUAGACCAGGCUGCGUGCGCCAAUUUCAGCUACAGACGAAAGCUCAUCACGACUUUGAGGAGUGUUUUCAUUUUGCACGGAGAUAACUGCCACCAGAUUGGCAGCUUUAAUUUAUUAUGACCUGGAAUCCACUUUGCCCAAGCGACAAGUUUGAGACUGAGUAGCUCACUGAAUCACAAGAAGAAGAGCCCGAAUGCUUUAGAGCUUUUAUAUUAUGUGCUAUUUGCGAGGAAAGAGAGGCUCUUCUGCAGAACAGUUUAUGACUUGGUCUGGAAAAUCAACUUUUUAUAAUAGAUUUUCUGAUGCUUAUUUUUAUUUUGUUUCAUUUUCAAAUUUGCGCUUGAUAUUUUGUAUGCCUGAGCAGUGUGAGCUGUUGUUGCAUUUCAGUGGGGAGAGCAAGCAACAGCCGCUUCCCUGAUUACUGCACAUGCACAUUCAGAAGCAUUUUAAUGUAAAUCCAUUAUUAUUUAUUAUGCUAUUCUAAUGUUCAUUCAGCACUAUGUACCGCUUAAAAAAAUAAAUAAAUAAA